GGAACUGGGACUUCCUGUGGCAGUUCAUUUCCUGGUCGGCAGGGGCCGCGAGCGGAGGAAGGCUCGGCAUGGUCUCCCCCCGGCCAGCCCCAGCCUCCCUUGACGCCCUUCCACCUCCUCCUCCUCCUCCUCCUCCUCCGCAGCGGCUCCCCCUCCUGCUCUGCCCGGCCGGCGGCGCUCCUCCGGCUGCCACUUUGUAGCGAUGCUGCAGGGCCGGAGCGGCGCCCGCAGCGGAAGCGGACAUGGUCUGAAUAAUACCCAGGCUCUGCCUUCCUGGACUGGGCGAGAGGGAACAAAGCAUAUGACCUCUAAGGAAAAAGAAGAUAUUUUGCCGCAAAGGGAUUAAUUUUUGUCUUGCUUCAAGACGUCAAGAGCUGUGUACAUAGACACACACACACACACAAAAUACACACAAACACACACAUAUAUAUAUAUUUGGGGUGUUUGUGUGUCAUACUGGACUUGCUAAGCUAAAAGUGUUUAGGCUGCACACGCUUGGAGCCAUGAAGAAGUUUUUUGACUCUCGGCGAGAGCAGGGUGGCUCUGGGGCCGGUUCUGGGACCCUCGGAGGGAGUGGCAGUAGCACUGGGCCUGGGAGUGGAUACAUAGGCCGGGUGUUCAACAUUGGGAGGUGUCAGGUGACUGUGGAUGAAGUUCUGGCGGAAGGUGGGUUUGCUAUUGUUUUUCUGGUGAGAACCAGCAAUGGGAUGAAAUGUGCCCUCAAACGAAUGUAUGUCAACAAUGAACACGACCUACAAGUCUGCAAACGGGAAAUUCAGAUCAUGAGGGACCUUGUGGGACACAAGAACAUUGUUGGAUUUAUUGACUCCAGUAUAAACUCUGUGAGCAGUGGGGAUGUCUGGGAAGUCUUGAUCCUCAUGGAUUUUUGCCGAGGAGGCCAAGUGGUGAACCUCAUGAAUCAGCGCUUGCAGACAGGCUUCACGGAAAGCGAAGUCCUGCAGAUCUUCUGUGACACCUGCGAAGCUGUGGCCAGGCUGCACCAGUGCAAAUCACCCAUCGUCCAUAGGGAUUUGAAGGUGGAAAAUAUCCUCCUGCACGAUCGUGGCCAUUAUGUGCUGUGUGACUUUGGAAGUGCCACCAACAAAUUCCAGAACCCUCAGCUUGAAGGAGUGAAUGCAGUGGAGGAAGAAAUCAAGAAGUACACCACACUAUCCUACAGAGCACCAGAAAUGGUCAACCUCUAUAGCGGCAAGCUGAUUACUACAAGAGCAGACAUCUGGGCCAUGGGCUGUUUGCUGUACAAGCUCUGCUAUUUUACUUUGCCAUUUGGUGAGAGCCAAGUAGCAAUUUGCGACGGAAACUUCACCAUUCCUGACAACUCGCGCUACUCUCAAGACAUGCACUGCCUCAUACGGUAUAUGCUGGAACCAGACCCUGACAAGAGACCUGAAAUAUACCAGGUCUCCUAUUUUGCAUUCAAGCUCGCUAAGAGGGAAUGUCCGGUCCAGAAUGUACAGAACUCUCCGAUACCUGCCAAACUCCCAGAGCCCGUGAAAGCGAGUGAAGCUGCUGCUAAGAAGAGCCAGCCAAAAGCCAGGCUGACAGAUCCUAUCCCCACGACUGAAACAUCCAUCACCCCACGCCAAAGACCCAAAGCUGGGCAGACGCAACCAAACCCGGGGAUCCUGCCCAUCCAGCCUGCUCUGACUCCCAGAAAGAGGCCCACAGCACAGGUUGCUGCUCCAGCGCCUUUGGCCGGGGGUCAGGCCCCCCUCCCCACCAGCGUCCCACAGCCGAAAGCCCUGCCUCAGCCGACUCCGCCUCUCCCGCAAGCUCAGCCUAAGCAGCCGCCCCCUGUACAGCCGCCUGCUGCCCCCCAACCGCAAGCCCCUCCAGCUCAGCCUCAGGCCGCCACCCCACAGCAUCAGCUGUUCCUAAAGCAGCAGCACCCACAGCCGCCAGCGCAGCCGCCAGCCACAUUUUAUCAGCCCCAAGGACCUCAGCCACAGCCGCAGCCUCCCCUACAAGUUCAACAGAUCCAAGUGGCGCUCCAGGCACCGCAGCCACCAGUGAAGCCACAGUUUCCAGUGGCGCAGCCAGGAGUGCAACCACAGCCUGUGCAGAAUUACAUGCAGCAGCAGCAGCUGCUGGCACAACAGGGGUCCACCCCACAGAAAACAGCUGCAGGGCAGCAGAAGCCGUCGGCUCAGAUCCUGCCUCAACCGCAGGUGCAGCAGGUGGCGGCACAGCCAGUCCCUGUGCAGGAUCAUCCGCAAGCGCCUCCACGACAUCAAAGGAUACCCACUACCCCGCCGUCAGCUGUCCAGGGGCAGAAGGUGGGCUCCCUCACUCCCCCGUCCUCCCCCAAGACUCAGCGAGCGGGACACCGGAGGAUCCUGAGUGACGUGACUCACAGCACUGUCUUUGGGGUCCCAGCCAGCAAAUCAACACAGCUUCUGCAGGCAGCGGCUGCUGAGGCCAGCCUCAACAAGUCCAAGUCUGCCUCGACAACGCCUUCUGGAUCCCCCAGGACAUCACAGCAAAAUGUCUACAAUCCACCAGAUGUCUCUACCUGGAACCCUUUUGAUGACGACAACUUCUCCAAGCUCACAGCAGAGGAGCUGCUGAACAAGGAUUUUGCAAAACUGAGUGAUGGUAAACUUCCAGAGAAGCUGGGUAGCUCAGCAGAGAACCUGAUCCCAGGCUUUCAGCCGGCUCCUUCCGCAACACAGGCAGAUGCGUUUGGCUCAUCUUCUCUUGCACCUGUGUCAGCUGAAAAAACAAAAGAUAUCCUGGACUCUAGCCCUCCACUUCUGGCUGUUCCUGAUCCUUUCAUUCCUCUUCCACUAUCAGAUACGCCAGAAAAACUGAUUGAGGGCCUCAAAUCUCCUGAGCCUGCACUUCUCCUCCCUGAUAUCCUGCCUCUCGCUGAUCCCUUCGGUAGCACCCCUGAUGCUGUGAAUGGAAAAGCUGAACUAACAGUUGAGAGCCUCAUCCCAGGCCUUGAGGCUCCUGUGUCGCAGCAUAUAUCAUCGCAGACAGACUCUGUGGCUUCAAACAGAGCAGAAGAUACUAACCUGAUCUCUGGCUUCGAUGUCCCUGAGGGCUCUGAAAAGGAGGCAGGAGACGAGUUUGACCCCAUCCCUGUGUUGAUAUCCAAAAAUUCACAAGGUGGGCAUUCUAGAAACAGCAGUGGAAGCUCUGAAUCCAGUCUUCCCAACCUAGCCAGGUCUCUUCUCCUAGGGGAUCAGCUCAUAGACCUGUAGCAGCCACUCAGUAACCAAGGCGGUUUCUGUAACGUACCUUAAAUCAAUGUGGUUUUUUUUUUGGUUUUGUUUUGUUUUGUUUUCCCAACGGAGCUAAAUCUUUAGUUGUCAGGUGAUUUUGUGUUCCUGUUGUUGUUUGUUUAAAAAUAACCCUGCAGAUGGAAGGAGCCCACGCCCUGAGCCCCAGAUCAUGGCCUCCCUCUCUUGGGACUCCCCUGCCCUCCGUCUCAGCACGUCCUUGAUGCAACUUGCUACCUUGUGCACUUCUCUCUCUCUA